AUGGCGGCUCCUCGCUACGGUAGGGAUCUACGAAGGGAUACUGUUAUUGAUAUGAUUGAAAACCCGGAGUUUGAUGAGAAGUUUUCGUGUGACAGUGACAUAGACAGUGACGAUGUCAGAGAGGAGCUGAUGGCAAUUGAUCCAAAGGAGACUGAUCACACAGCAUGUGGGCUACCUGAGGAUUCAGUGUACAGACUAUGGUUUAUGCCAGACUCAAGUGAGAAGGAGGAUAGUGUUACUCCACCUGCCACAACAUUACCAAGUAAUACUGGAGGACACAGAGAUGGCGGUAUGUUACAAGAAGAAAGAAUUUUAAAAUUACCUGCACCACCCCAGACCAGGCACUCUGACUCACAAGGUAGUGAGAAGAUUGGGACAGAUGAUCUCAAAGAUACAUACCUUAGGAAAUUCUCCAUCACUCCAGAAGGUGGACAUGUUCAUCUGAAGGAAGUUGGAGUAUUCCUGUUAGUGCCUCCGGAAGCCCUGGCUGAAACUACGGAAAUGUUCAUUGGUAUUAGUUGGAGAGAAGAAGACAUGCCACCGCUGCCACCAUGUCAGACUAGAGCAAGUCCUGUUGUUGUCUGUGGACCACAUGGCCUGACGUUCAGAACACCAGUGUACCUUUCAUUUUAUCACUGUAUAUCAGGAACACGCCAAAGAAAGAUGGGAAAGAUCUGUCCUGAAAUUCUGACACAGAAUUCAAGACUGGACAAUCCAUUUUACAUAUGGCAGUCAGAAACUCACUUAAGUGAACCUUGUCAGUGGGAAGUAUUGAGCAAUGCUUCUGUUGUGUUGACAAACACCAAAUGUGUCUUAACCACGAACCAGUUCUGCAAACACAGUUUGUCAUGUGACAGUAAGCGUCUUUCUGCCUUGGUGUUUGGGUCAUUUCAGACUCAACAUGUCCCCUUGCUGAAACUGAUGGUGUGCUGUGUCAAUGACACCCGAGAUGAGGUCGAG